AUGCCAGGCGAAAGUCCAGCAAAGAGAAAGAUUGAAAUGGAUGAAUCAUCGAGCCUAAAACGAACGAAACUGAUUGGGCAUGAUGAUCUCAAGACAACGAUUAUCACCGAAGUCAAACAGAUCUUUGAAGAUCGCAUUGCGCGAUUGGAAUCAAGAGUCAAGUUUUUAGAAGACGAAUUGGAUUUGAAAGAGGAAGUGUCUGACACAGAUUAUCAGAAGAAAAUUGAUAACAGGGUAGAGGAACCUACCGAAGAUGGUCUGGCAUCCAUACAAAAGAAUUCGCCACCUCCACUACCUCCCAGAGUUGCGUUUGGAACCAAGCCAUUUCAAUUCAACUCCAAAAAUGGUAACGACGUGACUAGUAAUGCCAAAGUUGAAGCCAAACCUAUCCAAUCAAGUCCAAAGCCCGUUUUUGGAGCUACUACAUCUUUUGGAAAUAUGAAUAAAACGCAGGACCAAAGCCAUCAGAAGACGGAAAAGGCAGCAACGCCUACGCCCACUUUUGGCACUUUCGGAUCCAAAUCACGUUUUGGAAAUGCGUUUCAAGAAUCAUUAAAACAAAAGUCAUUUUUGGACACGUCGGAUAAGUCUGCUGAUAACAAUGGAGCUAGACCUGAAAGCAAAGACGAAGUGCAAACAACUACCGCAACUCAGCAGUUUAAACAAGUUGAUUUGAACCCUGUAGAGCAAGCUACUGGUGAAGAAGCCGAGAAGUCGAUAUUCAUAUGCGCAGCAAAGUUAUUUGAGCUAAAAUUGGCCAAUAUUGAUGAAGGAUGGAAAGAAAGAGGUUCGGGGACCUUACAUUUGAACCAAUCCGUUCACGACCAGAACCAAGUGAGGAUAGUUAUGAGAUCUAACGGAUUGUUGAAAGUGAUUUUGAACUACAAGAUCCAAAAAACAACCGAACUAUUGGAAGGGUUAGAAGCAAGCUUGACAUCUGAAAAAUAUCUUCGAUUCAACUCUGUUUCGGACGGGAAACCAGUACAGUACUUGUUGAAAUUUGCCAGUCAACAAAUAAGGGAUGAUUUGAUCAAAAAUAUCAAUGAGUUAAAGUCAAAGAUGUAG